GUGAGUGCAGCUGUGCCUGGAAGUGGAAACAACUACGCUGUUGAAAAAAAAAGAAAACAAACCGCUUUCCGUAGUUAUAUUUAUCAGAAUAUUAUUCUAUACGCUAAAUAAUUUACGGGCCGUGUUGUGACCGAUUUUACGCGACUUACAAAGCGAUACAUUUCAUGCAGGGCAGCCGUGAUGACCAUGGACAGUUGCAGCACUGAGCAGAGCAUCGGAGAAUUCGACAGCCUUUCUUGCGAUGACGACGUCCAUGAAAACUUCGUGGAAGAAUACUCGGUGCGAGUUGAGGUUUACGAGACCGAAGUGACCGGUUCGAGCUCCGCUGGAAGUGCUCCUGUCAUCAAGAUCUCUGGUCUCUCUGACUCUGGUGACAUUGGCAAGGAAUGCAGCCGUCAGCACUACCUGGCCAGCAACCUCAAGAGAUCAUUGGGACGUCUCUUGGGAGAUAAAAAAACUCGCAAGAUAGGGUCCUGCCUUCCCCUCUCAAAAUCCCUGCAGCUUUUGGAGUGCCAUCGUGCGUCGUCAAUGACAGCAUCCGGAACAAUGUCCACUUGCUGCAUGACUUGCAGAAACCACAAGAGCCAGACCACCGUACUCGCUCCCUUUGGAGACUACAAGGAAAAAGUGUGCACAUCUCGUCUAGGGGUCACCUCACCCAAAGAAAGGCUUUGUCACUCCCCACAUCCCUUUGCAUUGAGGAAGCACACUUCUAUGACUUUGGGCAAGACACACAUCCUUGGCAAGUGGGAAGCCUCAUGCAGCAACCCUCCACUGCAAAGACACAUCAAUGGUCGGCCCAGAAAGGAAUCCAGCACUAGAGCAAUGAAGCAAGGGGUAUUUUCAUUUCCCACAAGGGUUCCAAGAAAGACAUCCAUAAAAAAUAUGUUUACUAGCGAGAGCUUGAAAACUGCUAAUUCACAUGCUCAGUACCUUGACCAUACAGGCAAGUCCCGUGGUGUGAAACCUCAUUGCUCUGCGAGCAGAGAGCAUUCCUUCGAGAGUUGCAGCACAAAAAAUGGCACUGCAAGGAUAUCUAGAUGUUCCUGGGAAACUCUUAGUUGCUGCCAUGUCUGGGAACGAUACCCGUCUAGCACAGAGAGGACAUACUCUAUUGUGGAGCCAAAGUGCUGCAGAGAGGCAGACAUUGUGAGGAAAAGCACAUUCCAAGCUGCCUCUAAAUGGCCAGCUUCGAGGACAAGCUUCGACUGCUUCGAAGAGACCAUCACCACUCGGUUGAUUCCAGCACCUUUCACAAAAUCUGCGAGGCCUCAAGUUGGCCAGAGGACAGUUUGCUGCUACGUCCAUGAUGACAUGAAGACCUCCCUGAAACAGGCAUGGGGAUGCACUGACCUCAGCAUUGUGCACAAAAUCCUACCUCCCCAGCAAGGAAACAAUGCUUGGACACCAGUCAUACCAAAAUGCACAGAACCAAUGCUUCGAGAGGUGUAUGUCUCGCCUUGCGAAAGGUACCAGGGGACUAUCAGUUCCAUGGACGCUGCCUGCAGGCCAAUGGAACCUGUUGGCCCCAUGAAACUUGAGCAGGCCACAUCAGUUCCACAGAAGGCAAGGCUCACCCCAUCUACAGUAAAGCUCUCGACCUUGCGCAACUCCAGGUGCAGCGUGCACAAGCAGACACAGACAUCCACGUCUCAACUGGAACUGCCCAACAUUCUCAAAUCGCUCGUCGAUUGGAUCGCAUUCAUAUGCCAAAAUCCGGGUGCACACACUACAGACGUCCCAACCAAAGCCAAGUACUUGCCCCAUGCAACAAGUUCCCAGCCAGGUGUAACGGAAUCUUUGCGAGAGCUACUGAGGACUGACUCGGCUGUCUGGUGGAAAUUAGCUAGGCAGUUCCACGAAGGCAUUGCGCAAUUUCCUCGGCAAGUAACUGAGGCAUCGGCUUCUGUCGGGAGACAAAAGUCCUACGGUACGUUCCAGCCGCGGGCCAGGAUGGGGGGAGAAGGAGAGUGCGCAGGUACACGCAACGAGAACUGGAAGACGAAAAGGCCACCUGUGCAGCGUAUGGAACUGCCAAGGAGGCUGUCUUCGAGGCUUGACCUCUGCAUCGGAGUCAAUGCUUGCAUUGAUCUGGAGAAUGACCUUGUCCCUCGGAUGAAUGGGUCCGUGGUUGGACAUAGGAGGUCUUGCCCCAUCUUCUAGAAAUUUUAACAUCUGUGCCACAAAGAAAUUAUGUGCACAAAUGCACAAAAGAAGCCACCUGAGGUGGGACUGGCCCUGGGGCACUCUGCCCAUGAACUCAAAUUAUUAAAAUCAGUAGAUAAUGCAAUCAAUAAACUAAAGAAAGCAGCCAGCUUCUUGGCUCUCAAUGAGAAA